UCUCUGUCUGAGGAUUCCUGCCUUGGGGUUUCCUGACUGACCCAAUUCCUGCCCAUAUGUCACUCAGUUCAUGAGCUCUCCCCAGCCCUCUGGUCCGGGACUGGGUGUUGCCCCUUCCUGGAAGCCGCCAUGUGUCAGCCAAAUUUGCAUGUUACAUCAGCGCUGUCCUCUCCCAGGCCCAUUAUCCCAGGUGUAACCGUCACUCCCUGCGCAGCAGGGCCCAUAAGAAGCUGUGGAGCUGCUGGGCGGGUGCGACGGCACAUUCCAGAGCUCACAGGAACUUGUGGACUGCAGCAAAGCCGCCGGAGGAGGAGAGCCAGCUGGAGACAGUGUGUGGGCUGGGGAGCACUGCAGGAACACCGCAGUAGGCUGGGCUCACGGGACGGGCUGAGGAUGGAGCCGGAUUCGUACUCGGUCGUGGACCCCAACAUAGAGAAGCUGUUCAAAAUUUUCUUGGAUGAAGAUGAUUUGGUUUGGGUCGGGAGCGGGCACGGGAGCGGAUUUAACGUUCAUGAAGAGGAGUUGAUUCCUGGCUCGCGGCCGACCAAACAGCCGUUCCACUAUCAGAUCCGCGACACCAGCCACAAGGCCUUCUACCUGCGGGACAACAGCCUGGUGGCCGCGAACCUGCAGGGCGAAAACGCCAGCCAGGAAGAGACGGUCAGCGUGGUCCCUAACAGAAGCCUGGAGCGCAAGAGGUGUCCCCUGAUCCUGGGCAUCAAAGGCGGAAGCCAGGGCCUGUCUUGUGGAACAGCCGAGCAGCCCCGGCUGCAGCUGGAGGACAUGCACCUCAUCGAGCUCUUCUACAAGGAUGAGGAGGCCAAGCGCUUCACUUUCUUCAAGACCUAUAACGGCAGCAUGCACCGCUUCGAGUCAGCUGCCUACCCGGGCUGGUUCCUCUGCACCUCAACCCAGGCCAACGAGCCCAUCAGUCUCACCACCCGCCCGGGGGAAGCCGACAUCACCGACUUCUAUUUCCAGCCCAAAUAGCCACGGGGCGGGAGCCAGAUGCUGCUUCAGCCCUGCCCUCCCGGUGGCUAGCCAUGGUGGAGAGGUUAGAGCUACCCACUGUGAUGGGUUGGAUCACAGAAACCCCCUUGGGAACUGCCAACUGAUGUGCCAAGACUACU